AAUUUAUGAAACAUUAAAUAAAAAGAAUGUCACUUAGCUUUCCGGUUCUUUCCUUAACAGUGAAAUGGAGACAAAUCAGACUGUGGUUACAGAGUUCAUCCUGCUGGGGUUUCGUCUUGGUUGGAGGAUCCAUUUAAUCUUUUUUGUUCUUUUCUCCCUAUGUUACACCUUCACCCUACUGGGGAAUGGGGUCAUCCUGGGGCUCAUCUCAUUGGACUCCAGACUGCACACCCCCAUGUACUUCUUCCUCUCACACCUGGCCAUUGUUGACAUAGCUUACGCCUGCAACACGGUGCCCCAGAUGCUGAUAAACCUCCUGAGUCCAACCAAGCCCAUCUCCUUCACUGGCUGCAUGACACAGACCUUUCUCUUUUUGAGUUUCGCUCACACCGAAUGUCUUCUCCUGGUGGUGAUGUCCUAUGAUCGGUACGUGGCCAUCUGCCACCCCCUCCGAUAUUCUGCCAUCAUGAGCUGGAGACUCUGCUUCAUCCUGGUGGUGACAUCCUGGGCAUGUGGCUCCCUCCUGGCCUUGGUCCAUGUAGUGCUCAUCCUGAGGCUGCCCUUCUGUGGGCCGCGUGAAAUCAACCACUUUUUCUGUGAAAUCCUGGCUGUCCUCAAGCUGGCCUGUGCUGACACCUGGCUCAACCAAGUGGUCAUCUUUGCUGCUUGUAUGUUUAUCUUAGUUGGGCCCCUCUGCUUGGUGCUGGUCUCCUACACACACAUCCUGUUUGCCAUCUUAGGGAUCCAGUCAGGUGAGGGCCGUAGAAAGGCCUUCUCUACCUGCUCCUCCCACCUCUGUGUGGUUGGGCUCUUCUUUGGCAGUGCCAUUGUCAUGUACAUGGCCCCCAAAUCCCGCCACCCUGAGGAGCAGCAGAAGGUCCUUUUCCUGUUUUACAGUUUUUUCAACCCUAUGCUGAACCCACUGAUCUACAGCCUGAGGAAUGCAGAGGUUAAGGGUGCCCUAAGGAGAGUCAUUUCCAACAUCUGAAUCGCCACCCUAGUGCUCUAUUAUUGCUUAAAUCCAAAAACGUUCCCUACUCUCGUCUUAUGUGUGCCUUAAUAACACAAGAGAAAGCCUUCCUUCUUCAUUUGAAUGAAAAAUUUUAGGUAUAUUGCACUCAUUGAUUCUCUAUCCAAUGUGAUUUUUUAAAAAUUACUUGAUGAA